AUGGCAACUGCAAACUUAACCAUUCGUUCGGAUAAUGGACUUAUCAAUUCUCCACCAAUUUGUUCUAUGCAACCAAUUGUUAGACUGAAGCAAGGUUGUUCGUAUUCAAUGAAAAUUCCAGUUAUAGAUGAAGAUGGCGAUUUUGUAAAGUGUCGAUGGGCAACCAGUUCGUCGGGAGUUAAUGAAUGCGGAGAUGCUUGCCAUGGUCUAAGUAACUCUAUACUGGACAUCGGAAUAUGCACAUCCAACCCAUGUAAAAAUAGAGCUACUUGUAAUGACCAAGACAACAGAUACAGCUGUACAUGUGCUUCUGGUUUCACGGGCACAAACUGCGAGACAGAUAUUGACGAAUGCUCAUCUAAGCCAUGUCAGAAAGGAGGGACUUGUAAUGACCAAGUCAACGGAUAUAACUGUAUAUGUACUGCAGGAUUCACUGACACACACUGCGAGACAGAUAUUGACGAAUGCUCAUCUAACCCAUGUGAGAAUGAAGCGACUUGUAAUGACAAAGUCAACGGAUAUAAAUGUACUUGUGCUGCUGGAUUCACUGACACACACUGCGAGACAGAUAUUGACGAAUGCGCAUCUAACCCAUGUGAGAAUGGGGCGAUUUGUAAUGACCAAGUCAACGGAUAUAACUGUACAUGUGCUGAUGGAUUCACUGACACACACUGCAGGACAGUUACAGCAUGGGCCGUAGCUUUUAUAGUCUUAGCAUCUAUUGCAGCUCUUCUAACUUGUUGUUGUUUCAGGCGGAAUAUUGGAAAAUGUAAAAGGAAUGAUGAAAAGAAAAAAGUUAAACCACAGGAAAUAGAUGUUGAACCGAAACCAAUGGAACUGCGAUGGAUAUGA